CGCCCCUAGAGGUGUAUCUCUUCCUUACUGUGGCGUUGCGUCGUUUCCGGCUGCUACUGCCGAAGCUUCCCUGAGAGGAGUGAAGAAACAACAGCCGCCAUUUUGUUUGUGUGUGAGGGACGGAGCUUUAACCUGAAAUAUAUGAGAAUAGCGGGCCCCUAGAGCCCUAGAAGGGUUUGCAGAGCUGUAAGCGGUUUCCCCGGUGACCUACGUUCUCAUCCAGGCCCUUCGGGGACGAGCUCCUCCAUCCUCUCAUCCUUAGACCACCCGGAGAUACUGCUCCCCCUACAUCCCAGGAGAGUCGCGGCGACGACACCGGCUUCGGCCAGUUAACAUCGAGAAUUUGCGCCCUAGCAUUCAACACCCGCGGGUGACUCUGCUCAGCGCCCGCAUUGAUAUCCCGAGAACCCGCGUUCUCUGCCAGGCAGAGAAGAGGAGGCUGCAGUCCUCCGAGCCUGGCCGAUCGUUCCAGGGGCCUUGGUCUGUAGCCCAGCUGGCGGCGCGGCCAGCGGGGGUCACACACCCGACUUUCGCUAUCUACCGAGCCCUACUCGAGCAGUAUCAGAAGGGAGCUAUGUAAUCUUGAGCCCUGCAUCAGCAGCAAAUCCGCGGUGAUCUAUUGGCGCAACGAUGCCGCCCUCUCACGGGGGGAGAGACCCGGGUCUGCGCCUCUGAGUGGCCGUAAGGUAGAGGGAAUCCCGUCUCCCCAUCUCCAUAAGAGCUCCGUCACCCCUCACGUAGAGAUCCGCUAGCCUGCCCCUACCUAAUUUUUCUGUAGUGAUUUGCCCCCGAUCCCCUAGUUGUGUGCUGUGAUUUCAGCGGAGGAUGACGUCUCAAGAGAGGCCCCCAUACCUGGCUCCGCUCAGCAGGAGCAGCAGUGCGGGAAUGGGGAGCCUGAGCACCUGAGUCUGGGGCCCAUCACACAUCCACAUACUGAGGAGUCUUCACUUCUCUUACACAGCAGAGACGAGCAGCUGCGCUUCCCUCUAGGCGUCCAUUGUCUGUGUCUUAUUGACUCGCGUUUUACUUAAUAGUGGAGGUUUGGACACAUAAAAAACAUUUGCAGUCAUGGCUGAAAAUUUGGUUGAUCCUGGGCCUCCUUCAGCCAAGAAGCCCAAGAUGUCUUCUCCUGCUCUGUCUUCCAGUGAUGGUCCAGAUUUUGGGUCUCUAUUUGACCUUGAGCAAGACCUACCUGAUGAAUUAAUUAGCUCUAAUGAGUUUGGUUUGAGCAAUGGUGGAGAUCUUAGUCAGCUGCACACUAGCCUGGGCAUGGUCCCUGAUGCAGCUGCCAAACAUAAGCAGCUCUCUGAACUUUUGCGAGGUGGUAGUACAGCAAAUAUGAGUAUGGGCCUUGGACAGCAAACACCGCAAACCAACACAGGCAUAGGACUUCUGAACAACAUGGUAAAGAGCCCAAUGUCUCAGACUGGUUUGACAUCCCCAGGUUUGGGCAUGGGAGGUAAUGGAACCAAUCCAGGACCUACUCAAGCCCUAAACCCAUCUUCAGCAGCUGGAAUAAUGCCCUCUAUGAACAACCCAAUAAAUCAGCCUAGAAUGGGCAUGAAUGCAGGCAUGAUGUCAACUGGAAAUGGACAAAACAUGAUGCAGGGGCAGAUGAUGAAUGGGUCACUUGGUACUGGAAGGGGUCGUCCUGGAAUGCCUUAUCCUAACCAAGGCAUGGGAAGUUCUGGCAACCUUUUAGCAGAGACCCUUCAACAAGGUGGACCACAGAUGGGAGGUCAGCCAGGAAUGAGAAGUCCUCAGCCAACAGGCAUGAACAAGCUUGGGAUAAUGAAUAACCCUAAUCCCUAUGGAUCGUAUGGUCAGAAUACCGGUCCCCAGUUGGGAACUACAGGGCUUGGUCCACAAAUGCAGAACAAAGCAACUCUACAGAACAGCCUGUCACAGUUUUCUAUGGAUAAGAAACCUGGAGCUGGCAUGGCAAACAUGGGUCAGCAGCCAUCUACUCAAGUACCACAGGCCAGCAUUGUCCAAGCAGCCCCUCAAGGUAUGGGUGCUGGUGCUCCACAGGGGAUUGGUUCAGGAGCCCCAACAGCGGAUCCUGAAAAAAGAAAGCUCAUCCAGCAGCAACUAGUGCUUCUGUUGCAUGCCCACAAGUGCCAGCGAAGAGAACAAGCAAAUGGUGAGGUGCGGCAGUGCAACCUGCCUCAUUGCCGCACCAUGAAGAAUGUGUUGAAUCACAUGACCCAUUGCCAGGCUGGAAAAUCAUGCCAAGGUGCCAGCAACCACAAAUUAAAAGAAUUCCAGAAGCAGCGCAUUGUGUCCCUCCUGGAGAGUGUUAUGUUGGGAGGUAUGGACAAACCGUACCAUAUCUUCCAAGAGCAAAGUACCCAGAGAUGGAUGCUCCUUGCAAUGAUGGGUGAUGGUGGUGUUUCCAACUUGGCAUCCAUGCCUACAGCAACACCACCAUCUAGCACUGGAAUCCGGAAACCCUGGCAUGAAGAUAUAACCCAGGACCUAAGGAACCAUCUAGUUCACAAACUUGUUCAAGCCAUAUUCCCAACUCCUGACCCCGCUGCAUUGAAAGACAGGCGGAUGGAGAAUCUUGUAGCCUAUGCUCGCAAAGUCGAAGGGGACAUGUAUGAGUCUGCUAAUAGCAGGGCCGAGUACUAUCAUUUGCUGGCUGAGAAAAUUUAUAAGAUACAGAAAGAACUGGAGGAAAAACGUCGCAAUAGGUUACAGAAGCAUCCAGGCAUGCCUUCUGCAUCAAUGCAUCAGGUCCCGGGUAUGGCCCCAACACAACAAGUCAUGUCUACAAAUGGUCCUAUCCCAGAUCCCAGUAUGAUGCGAGCAAAUAUUCCAAGCCAGAUGAUGAAUCCUAUGUCAAGCCAACAACAAGGAAUAAAUCAAUUUGGGCAGGUGGGUAUGCCCAUGCAAUCAAUGGUACAGAGGCAACAGGCACCACUUCCACAACAUCCUGGCCAGACUGGACCAAUGAAUCAGUUGGCAUUUCCUUCGCGUAUGCAGCAGCCUGCAACUGUGCCUCAGUCUGUACAGAAUCAAUUCAUGUCCCAAAGCCCGUUCCAGGCUUCGUCUCCUGUGAUGAAUACUGGUGGGAUGAAUACAAGUAGUAUGAAUGCUUCCGGCAUGUCCAUACCACAGUCUGCUGGUCAGAAUCCUCCUUCACAGGCUCAGAUGCCAAAUCCUACUCAUCCCGUGAGCUCUACUGCCAUGCCUACAGGGUCAUCUGGGAACCAGCUUCAUUGUUCAAGUCACGUUCAGCCCCCUAUUCACCGUAAUUCACCAUCCCCUGCUCCGAGCCGUACACCAACACCUCACCACACACCUCCAGGCCUCGCAGUGCAGCAAGCACCAUUACCUGCUGACCCUAUGAUGCCGACAGCAGCUUCCAUGCCUCAAUUGCCAUUACAGCACAGAGAGAGCCCCACCCCCCCUCACGCACCUCCAUCAUUGCCAGUACCUGCAUCAGUUGACCAGUCGAUACCUACACCACCACAGCAGCAGUUGUCAAGGCCUCCUUCACAACCAAGCUUGUCAACACCAGUUUCAACCCCAACUGCACCACCGCCAUUACAGCUUCAUCCAAGCACUCCGCUCUCACAAUCCACGGCUGUUAUGGAAGGUCCUGUAUCCAAUCCACCAUCAACUAACAGUCCUGACGUGAGCUCGCAGCAGCCUGCUACUGAGCAACCUGUACAAGAGGUCAAAAUGGAGGUUAAACCGGAAAAUGAAUUGGAGUCUGUGUCUAUAGUUGAACCUGUAGAGGAGAAGCUUGAGGUGAAAUCUGAAGUUGUUGCUGAGGACUGUAAAUCUGAGCCGAUGGAGCCGGAAGAAAAAAAAGAUGUGAAAUCAGAAGUAAAAGAAGAUGAUGAGAAACCAGGCACACCUGCAGCCCAAUCGUCCCCUGCUGGACAGUCUAAAAAGAAAAUUUUCAAACCUGAGGAGCUACGCCAAGCCCUCAUGCCUACACUAGAGGCAUUAUACCGACAAGAUCCUGAAUCACUCCCAUUCCGUCAACCUGUAGAUCCACAGUUGUUAGGAAUCCCGGAUUACUUUGAGAUAGUCAAGACACCUAUGGACCUAUCAACCAUUAAACGCAAGUUGGACACUGGGCAGUACCAGGAGCCAUGGCAGUAUGUGGAAGACAUCUGGCUCAUGUUCAACAAUGCCUGGCUGUAUAAUCGAAAGACAUCUCGUGUUUACAAAUACUGCUCAAAGCUGGCUGAGGUGUUUGAACAGGAAAUUGAUCCAGUCAUGCAAACUUUGGGAUACUGUUGUGGCAGAAAGCUUGAGUUUUCUCCACAAACACUGUGCUGUUAUGGUAAACAGUUAUGCACUAUUCCGCGUGAUGCUACAUACUACAGUUAUCAAAACAGGUACCACUUCUGCGAAAAGUGCUUCAACGAGAUCCAAGGAGAGAGUGUGUCUUUAGGUGACGAUCCCACCCAACCACAGACGACAAUAAGCAAAGACCAGUUUUCUAAACGGAAAAAUGACACUCUGGAUCCAGAACAGUAUGUGGAGUGCUUGGACUGUGGUCGGAAAAUGCACCAAAUUUGUGUACUGCACAAUGAAACCAUCUGGCCAACAGGUUUUGUAUGUGAUGGCUGCCUAAAGAAAGCUGGUAGGACCAGAAAAGAGAACAAGUUCUCUGCUAAACGCCUCCCAACUACAAGGUUAGGUACAUUUUUGGAGAACCGUGUCAAUGACUUCUUGCGCCGACAGGGCAAUACUGAGGCUGGAGAGGUGAUAGUACGUGUAGUCCACACAUCGGAUAAAACUGUGGAGGUCAAACCUGGUAUGAAAUCCAAGUUUGUGGAUACAGGAGAGAUGGCAGAAUCAUUUCCAUAUCGAACAAAAGCUCUUUUUGCAUUUGAAGAAGUAGACGGUGUUGAGCUGUGUUUUUUUGGCAUGCAUGUACAGGAGUAUGGGUCUGAUUGCCCACCUCCCAAUCAGAGGCGAGUUUACAUCUCCUAUCUGGAUAGUGUUCACUUUUUUCGGCCAAAGAGUCUGAGAACAGCUGUGUACCAUGAGAUUUUGAUUGGGUACCUAGAGUAUGUCAAGAAACUUGGGUACACAGCAGGGCAUAUCUGGGCCUGUCCUCCUAGUGAAGGAGAUGACUACAUAUUCCACUGUCAUCCAAUAGAUCAGAAAAUUCCUAAGCCAAAACGUCUGCAGGAAUGGUACAAGAAGAUGCUGGAUAAAUCUGUGUCAGAACGUAUAAUUCAUGACUACAAGGAUAUCUUUAAGCAGGCAACAGAAGACCGUCUGACCAGUGCCAAGGAGUUACCGUACUUUGAAGGCGACUUCUGGCCAAAUGUUCUGGAAGAAAGUAUCAAAGAGUUGGAACAGGAGGAGGAAGAAAGAAAGCGAGAGGAGAAUACAGGCAAUGAGAGCAUUGAGGUUGGAAAAGGGGAUAGCAAGAACGCAAAGAAGAAGAACAAUAAAAAGACAAGUAAGAACAAGAGCAGCCUGAGUCGAGGUAACAAGAAGAAGCCUGGGAUGCCGAAUGUUUCUAAUGACUUGUCACAGAAACUGUAUGCUACUAUGGAGAAACACAAAGAGGUAUUUUUUGUCAUCCGUUUGAUUGCGGGGCCAACUGCCAACUCUCUGCCCCCUAUUGUGGAGCCAGAUCCACUAAUUCCUUGUGACUUAAUGGAUGGACGUGAUGCUUUUCUAACUCUGGCCAGGGACAAACACUUAGAAUUCUCAUCCCUACGUAGAGCCCUGUGGUCCACUAUGAGCAUGUUAGUGGAGCUUCAUACCCAAAGCCAGGAUCGAUUUGUUUAUACCUGUAAUGAAUGCAAACACCAUGUGGAAACACGAUGGCACUGCACUGUAUGUGAGGAUUAUGACUUGUGCAUCACAUGCUACAAUACAAAAACCCAUGAGCACAAAAUGGAGAAGCUUGGUCUUGGUUUGGAUGAUGAGAGUAACAGCCAGCAGGCAGCUGCAACACAAAGUCCUGGAGAUUCUCGUCGACUGAGCAUACAGCGCUGUAUCCAGUCCUUGGUUCAUGCAUGCCAGUGUCGCAAUGCAAACUGCUCUCUACCAUCAUGUCAGAAGAUGAAAAGGGUGGUGCAGCACACAAAGGGCUGUAAACGAAAGACAAAUGGAGGAUGCCCUAUCUGCAAGCAGCUCAUCGCUCUUUGUUGCUACCACGCUAAACACUGCCAAGAGAACAAGUGCCCUGUGCCCUUCUGCCUCAACAUCAAGCACAAAUUACGGCAGCAACAGUUACAGCACAGGCUUCAGCAGGCCCAAAUGCUGCGCAGACGUGUGGCUAGUAUGCAGCGAACAGGGGUAGUAGGCCCGCAGCAAGGUCUCCCCUCACCAAAUUCAACUGGCCCAACAACACCCACUGGACAGCAACCCACCACACCACAGCUCACUCAACCACAGUCGCAACCUUCCUCGCAGCCUCAGCCACCUCCCCCAAACAGCAUGCCCCCAUAUGGCAUGCAGCGAACGCAGUCCUCAAGUGGUAUGUCACAGGGAAAGGCAGCUGGCCAAGUGACUCCUCCCACACCACCUCAGGGUGGAUCAAUACAGCAGCCAGGUCCUCCUCCAGCUGCUGUGGAGAUGGCCAUGCAAAUUCAGCGGGCUGCAGAGACACAGCGUCAAAUGGCAAAGGCACAAAUAUUCCCGCGCCCUAUGAUAAACUCGCAUCAACUGCCCAUGAAUCCUAUGCAGCAAAUGGGAAUAAACCCACAGCAAGGAUCACGGGGAGCAAGUCUCAUGGAUUCUGGAAUGGGACCGGCAGGCUUGACACAACCUCAGCAGCAGCCUUCACAGCAGCCACAACCGCCUUGGGUACAGAGUGGACUUGCUCAACCACAAGCAAUGCAGCCUAACAUGCAGAGAUCUCCUGUUAUGCCUGUACAGCAACAGGGACAGUCAAUUAAUAUGCCUCCCCAGCCAGGUAUGGGGCAGGUUCCUGGAGCAAGCCAGGCCAAACAAGGUUCUUUGCCACAAGCUGCACUUCAGAAUCUACUGCGUACUCUGCGUUCACCUAGUUCACCAAUGCAACAGCAGCAGGUGCUUAAUAUCCUGCAUUCCAAUCCACAAUUGUUAGCUGCCUUCAUCAAGCAAAGAGCAGCCAAAUAUGCCAGCAGCCAAGGCCAACAAGGUGCUGGCAACAUGACAGGAAUGCCCUCCCAAGGAGGCAUGCAACAAGUUGUGCACCCCAAUGCAGGCAUGCAGGGCAUGAAUCCCAUGCAGGCAGUAGGACCGCGCCCUGCCAUGUCCCAACAACCUCAGGCACCUCAGCAGCAGGCUCCUCAGCAAUCUCCAUCUUCUCAACAGGGCAUUGCAGGGAUGAAUUCACAGGGCCAAUCGGUGAACAUCAACCAUGCUGGAAUUUCACCACAGUUCCGUGAGCUUCUAAUUAGACGUCAGCAAAUGAUGCAACAACAGCAGCAACAACAGCAGCAGCAGCAUCAACAGCAGCAGCAAGCAGCGGGUCCCGGAAUGGUAAACCAUAGUCAGUUUCAACAGCACCAGGUCAUGGGUGGGUUUUCGCAGCAGCAACGAAUUCAGCACCAUAUGCAAAUGCAACAAGGUAGCAUUGGACAGAUGAGCCAGUUACCCCAGGUAAUGUCUGGGGAUGCUGGCAACAGCUUGCAGACCUUCCAGCAACGUCUUCUGCACCAGCAGAUAGGAUCUCCAGCACAGCAGAAUCCAAUGAGUCCACAGCAGCAUAUGCUGCCAGGUCCUGCUCAAUCCCCCCACCUCCAAGGCCAGCAACUCCCUCCUUCACUAAGCAGCCAGGUGCGCUCUCCCCAGCCAGUACCCUCUCCACGUCCCCAGUCCCAGCCCCCUCAUUCAAGUCCAUCUCCACGCAUGCAGCCACAGCCAUCACCCCACCAUGUUUCUCCCCAGACAGGCUCUCCUCAUCCGGGCAUGGUAGGGGUUGGGCAAGGGAACCCAAUGGAUCAAGGACACUAUGGUAGCCCAGAUCCAACAGCUAUGCUCUCUCAGAUGGCUGGUCUUCAUGGAGGGGGGGUGUCUGACCUAAAUUUGAGUGCAGACAACUCUGACCUUAAUCCCAGCCUAUCACAGAGUACAUUAGACAUCCACUAAAAUUAGUGGAGUGGAGGGGGUGAAGACUUCCAUCCCUCUUUCCCUGGGACAAAGACUUUAAGUAUAAGAAAUCCAGAAACAAAACAAACUUAUUUUCGUCUCAAACUGACUUUUUAUACUGAUGAACAGCUGUUUCUUUUUUGAGGAUUGGGGAGGGGUGGGAAUCGGGGAUUUGUGGGUAUUUUUCAGAUUGUUUUCAUAAUGUUGUGGGGGGUUUUUUUUUUAAUUCUCCAGAGACGCCGUGCUUAGAAUUCUAAAGACCUGCAGAGAGUGGGGAGGGCAGAUAUUAAUAUUAUUAUUAUAAUUAUUACAAAGAAUAUAUUUUCAGUGGCUGGGCCAGCCUCCUGAUCUCUUCCUCUGUUAUGAUGCACAGUGCAUUCCCUAGAUCCUGAUCUUCUACACACACACACAACAUGACUGUUUUUAUGUUGUGCAUAUUUCUUUGUCUUUUUAUUUUUUUCUUAAAUUAAUGAAAAUGUAAAAAUGUUGACUGUUUUUAUUUGAUGUCGAACGGUUUUUGUAUAGCCAUUUUUUCCAUUUGUUACCAUCCUUGUCUCAAUUUUUGUCUCUGAUCCACGUCAUGAUAAACCCUUUCACCAACCACAAAUUGCACUCAACGCAGGGUUCACACUCUUUGCAAUUGCUGUGAUCAUAGCCAUAAGGUAUAUAUAUAUAUAUUUUUGCUUCCUUUAAAAUGUACAUGAAUCACAGUUGGAAAGGGCUCUUUUUAUGGUCAAUUGCCCUAAUACUGGGCAUGAAGGGAUUAUUUGGUGAGAAGGGACAGCUGUGCUCUAAACACAGAGGUUUUCAGAGGAUGGUUUAAUGUUGCUUUAAAAAAGAAGAUAUAUAUACAUAUAUAUAUAAAUAAAUCUAUAUAUAAAUAAGUAAAGUAGCCACACCCUUCUUUUCUGUGCUGGAAAUCUGUUGGGUGCAAGGCAUACAAAUAAUGUAAAUGUUCACCCUUCCGCCACAUUUACCUUACAAAAGAACCCCAGAAAGAAAGUAAAAGUUCUGUUAAGCCAAGUAUUUGCAACAUAAAUGGUGUUAUGUAUACACGUUUCAAAGGGGCUUAAGGAAAUAUAUUUUGUUUAUUUUACUAUAUAACUGCACCAGCCAGGUCAGAUGUACUAUAUUUAUUGGAUUGUAGACUCUGGAAGAGGUAUAUAGUUAUUGAACUUUUGUUUUUAUUUUUCCCAUCAAUAUUACUGUAACAUCUGAGUAAAAGAUACUGACUAGUAGUUGAGAGAAUGUUAAUGCCAGUACCUCCCCAUAAUGCUGGUUAUGACUGUUCAAUCCUUUCUCUGGAAAAAUUGUACUUGGGGAUGUGGGAGGAGAGAGAGAGGAAACAGACCAGUCUCUUUCCAUGUCCCCUCUCCUCCAAUAGCGUGGUGUUAAAUGGUGUAAAUCAUGUGAUAAACAUGGGGUUUCCUAAAUACAAACUUUAAAUCACUGUACAAAUUGUUGCAAUUCAUUUCUUAUUACUUAUUGUUAAAUAAACUGUGUGAGACAGAUGAAA